AUGUGGGAAAUAUGUGGCAAAUGUUUUACAAAGAGAUCAUAUCUUGUUACACAUGAGAGAAAUCACACAGGAGAGAAGCCAUAUUCAUGUUCAGAAUGUGGGAAACGUUUCAUAGAUAACUCCAGUCUUGUUAGACAUAAGAGAAUUCACACAGGAGAGAAGCCAUAUUCAUGUUCAGAAUGUGGGAAAUGUUUUGUAAAUAAAACAAAUCUUGUUAUACAUGAGAGAAUUCACACAGGUGCAAAGCCAUAUUCAUGUUCAGAAUGUGAGAAAUGUUUCACAGAUAAUUCCAGUCUUGUUAAACAUAAGAGAAUCCACACCGGAGAGAAGCCUUAUUCAUGUUCAGACUGUGAGAAAUGUUUUACUACUAAAGACAAACUUAACAUUCAUCAGAGAAGUCAUAGAGGAGAAAAACCGUAUUCAUGUUCAGAAUGUGGGAAAUGUUUUCCACAUAAAGAAAAUCUUGUGAUACAUAAGAGAUUUCACACAGGAGAGAAUCUGUAUUCAUGUUCAAAAUGUGGGAAAUGUUUUACAAAAAACUCACACCUUGUUAGACAUGAGAGAAUUCACACAGGAGAGAAGCCAUAUUCAUGUUUAGAAUGUGGGAAAUGUUUUAAACAGAAAUCGUGUCUUGUUAGACAUCAGAGAAUUCACAAAGUAGAGAAGCCAUUUUAA